UGAGCAUCGACCGACAAAAUGGCGACACCGCAGCGCCCGCUGGGCCUCGAGCUCUCCUACUUUCGCCGCUUUAUAGAGCUGCACGGCGGGCGGCGCGCCUUUGAAGGCAAGACGUCGGCGCAGGUGUGCUUUGACUACGUCGUCCCGUACACAUCGACGUCAGAGGAGUCGCUCGUCGAGCACGUCCGCCUCCACACGUCCGACGCGGCGUGCGUGCAGCCCGCGAAUUGGUACAUUAGCCACGCGUGGGGCUACAUCUUCCUCGAGGCGCUCGAGAGCCUCGAAUUGUUCUUCCGCGAGCGCUCCAUUCACGACCCGGUCGUGUGGUUUUGCGUCUUCAACAACAAUCAGCACCGCGCAAGCGAGCAUCCGUUUGCAUGGUGGCAGUCGACGUUCCAGGAGUCGCUCGCCGCCAUCGGCAACGUCGUCAUGAUCAUGCACCCGUGGAAGAACCCGGUCACACUCACAAGAUCGUGGUGCAUCUUUGAGGUCUACGUCACGGUGAUGGCUGGCGCCAACUUUGACGUGGCGCUAGCGCCCAAUCAAGCCACCCGGUUCUUUGACGAUAUCCUUACGGACAUGAGCGCAUUCUACAAAAUGCUCGCAAACGUGAGCAGCGAAGCAGCGCAAGCCACAGUGCCGACCGACAAGACCAACAUUGAUCGCGUCGUCACGAGCUCUGUCGGCUUCACAGGCCUCGACCGCCUCGUCCUCGAGACGUUUGAAGCGUGGAUGAAGCGUGUGAUCCGCGGGCGCGCCGCGCUGGCGUCGACGGCUCUCGAAAAAGCGCGGCUCUUGAAGGCACUCGCCGAGUUUGUGUCGCUCAACGGGGCGCUCGCCGAGGGCGAGGCGGUCGGCACCGAAGCGCUCGCACUGUACCUCGAGGCUGUCGGGCCCGACGACCCCGCCACUUUGUACAUGCAAGGUCUCCUCGCCAUGUUCCAAGGCCACCAGUACAAGCCGCGCGAUCUCUGGGAACCCACGCUCGUCGAUGUGAUGCGCCGGCUCACGGUGCUUCUGGGUCCACUGCACGAAGAGACGCUCAACUGCAUGUACCAGCUCGGCAUGCUUUACGCAGAAGUGCUCGACCAGAUAGACCACGGGCUCGAGCUGCUCGGCGAGACGCUCUCGCGAAUGGUUGAGGUUUAUGGCCCCGACCACCCGCGCACCAUCGAUACGCGGUUGGUCUUCACCAUGUUCGAAGCGAUCCGGUCGCAGAACGACAACGCUGUCAACGCUUUGGCCACAUGUAACAUGGACGCGCAGCGCGUCAUGGGCAAGGACCACCCGACCGCGCUCACGGGCGCCACCUUUCUAUCGCUGCUCCGCUCGCGUGCCGGCGGCUCGCACAGCGACUUGCUCGCAACGGACAUUGCGACGGUCGAGCGCCACGAGCGCAUCUUUGGUCGGGACCACGUAAAUACCCACGCCAGCAUUCUCAACCUCGCUACGACGUGCCUCCACGAAGGCGACUACGACCAAGCGCUCGCGCUUCUCAAGCCACUUGUCGUAAACGGCGAUGGACCAUUGGAUGGCGCGCGGCGCGUGCCCCGCGCGAUGGCCCAGCGUGUCAUGGCGGCGGCGUAUGAGAAGAUCGGCGAGUGUGCGCUGGCGGUCGACGCGUGGGAGGCCGCCAUCGACGGGUUCCGUCACGUAAACGCCAAGGACGAUCUCGCGGGGUCUGUCUGGAGUCUCUACUGGGCGCGCCACAAGGGCGACCUCUGGCCCACUCUAGCGUGCAUUGAGACGCUGCUCGCACACUUGAAGCAAACGGAGCUGCUCCACGAAGGCUGGGGCUCUACGAUGUGCUUGGCGUGCGAGCUACCGAUGCUCGAGGGGAUCACGUACAUCUGCCCCGGCUGCACGAUCGACCUUGGCGUUGUCUGCGCGUCCUGCCACGCACUCGUGCCCGACUGCCUCGACUGCGAACGCUCGGUGCUCUUGCCCACCGAGCCACCGGCCAGAGCGCUCCUCAAGAUGCGCGUACAAUGGCUCGCAAAAGAAGGACCCUCGGACGCCUUACGCGCCGCCAGCGACGCGCUCGCCGAGUACUGUCGUCAAUGGGACUUGCCACUGGAGGACCCAGCACCCCAAAGAGUAUCGACGCCACUGGAGCGCUUGACAGCAGCCACAUCAUCGACACCACCGACGCCAUGCGACGACCCCGAAGCGAAUAGAGGAUCAAUCGUUGGGUGGCUUUGUUGUUGGCGACAACGUCCCCGACACCAAACGAGCGAGUACAACCACGUCGAAUAGGCGGCAGUGGGAGUAGCGUUCUAGUUGGUCGAUGGUAGUCCUAAAGGUUGAGCCACUAAUCGAGAUGGGUUGUGCUGGG